AUGUCUUUAUUGACUUUUCGCAUAAAUAUUACUACUGUUUUACUUAAAUCCAGUCCAUCACCACCUAUCAUAAAAUGUGGUCGACCAUCAUUAGAAUCAAAAUUAAAUGAAAAUAAUUCAAUAACAACUUUACGAGUUACACCAACUUCAGCUCCACCUUCAAGUACACGAUUCGACAAAUAUGAUUAUUGACCUACAACAACAUCAAAAGGACGUUGUCGAAAUAAUGCCUGUUAUGGUUAUACAAGAAUAUCAUAUUCCAAAUGUAAUGUUCGUUUAUGCUUGAACAAAAAAACUAACUGUUUUGCUAAUUAUCAUAAUUAAUGUGUCUUUUCUGAAAUGAUGCUUAUUCUACUUUUUUGUUUUAUUAUUUGUUUGUCUCGUUUCUCUGCGCAUAACUGAACUUUUUUGUGAUCGUAAUUACUUUAUUAAUAAACGAAAAAGCACUAAAUAGUGAAUUGUGAGUUCGGAAAACGAACAAAAAAUUUCAAAUUUUUUUGUCUUUUUUCGGCCAGCUGUUGCCAAAUGGCAACAUGGAGCCACAAGGUACUGAAUAAGUUUUUUUUUCGAAAAAUUUAUUUUUCUGAAAAAGUUAAUAUGUUAAGUAAGACAAAAGACUGUUUAAAAAUAGCAUAGUUUAUUGCUAUUUCAUUUAGUUCAUGAAUCAUCAACGAAUACACUUCUCCAUAGUCCUCGUACGAGCACUCAUGUACAUUGGUUGAGAA